AUGGCACGGCCGAAGCGCCUUCUUGUCGUCGUCGCAGGUGGCGGCUAUACCAAUGCAGCUCCUCUUCUUGAAUUGUCUUCUAUUCUAGCAGCUCGUGGUUACAGAAUUGAUUUUGCAACUCUCGCUGGACGCCAGCAAUGGUUGUCAAAUUCCCCUUUCAUCUCGCGGCUUCAUAUCGUCGGACCUGCUAUAUCCAAGGAGCACGAAAGAGAAAGCUACGAACAGAUGUCCCAAUGGUCAACCAAUUCGAUAUGCAACUGGGAUGUUAUAUUUGCUGCCAAAAAGUACCUCGAAUCUUCAUGGCCCCAUGUAUAUCACAACGUUACCCAGUUGGUGCUUGACCCAGCCACCCGGCCAGAUUUCAUCCUGGCAGAUUACCUGGUGGAUGCAGUCCGAGACGUCUGCUUCGAGCAUGACAUUCCCUUUGCCAUGCAUUGGCCUCAGAUGCCGACUGGUAUGAUGCAUGCUUCGUAUAUCCCCGGCACCCCAGGACUCCAGGUCGAAAUCUUGACGUCCGAGUUCGCAACUCUCUGGCAGCGCUUGAAGAACGCCGUCCGCAUAUACACAGCCUUACCACAUUUUCUUGAAUAUCAACGCUGGGUGAAGCAGAUGCGGCAGUCGGCUGGCGUGUCCCGACAACUUCCUCUUCUUCCAAGGCCCGACUAUCUCUGUCUGGUGAACUCCUUUUUUGCCCUCGAGGCAGCCAAAGAGAUACCCCCCAAUGUUGCAGCCAUUGGUCCUGUUCUUGCAGAUGAAAUCGACAAACUCACGGAGCCAUUUUUAUCCUUUCUCCAAUCCCGUUCCCGAGUUCUUUACAUCGCGUUAGGCACGCACGUCUUGCUCCCUCACAGGGUACUAGCUAAUCUCCUGUCCGGGGCAAUUACCGCUCUCCAAUAUGGCGUCAUCGAUGGUAUCAUUUGGGCCGUGAGUGCCAAUGCUCGCCGGCAACUCGAUACCUCCGCCCUUCUCCCCUCGCCAACUAGUUCUAGCGAUGAAACCAUCCUCGGUGACCUCCUGGAGAACGAGCACCCAUCCAUCCUAACCGCCGACUUUGCCCCCCAGCGCCCAAUCUUACAUGAUGCCCGAGUCGCCGUUUUCAUUACCCACGCAGGAGCAUCUUCAACCAACGAAGCCGUCGCGGCCGGCAUUCCGGUCAUCACCUUACCAGCGUACUUCGACCAAAUCCAGAAUGCAAUGCGAUUACGAGAUGCAGGGGUCUCGGUCCCACUGCAAAAAGAGACCCUCAGUGCGAUCGAUGUCACAGCCGCUAUCACACGCAUACUCGAAGACAUUGGCGUCGAUGGUCCGAUUAUGACUAAUGUUCGCCGUGUAUGUGGGAUCGCGCGUGUCGCUGCACAUAGAAAGCAUUUGGCCGUGGACUUGAUUGAGGAGGUUUUGAUUGAUUGGCAGGGACGGCAACGGGAGCGUCGGUUGGGGGUAGAACGACCUCGGGGAAUGCACCUGGAGACUGCAGAGGCACGCAUGCCGAGGUGGAAGGCAGGGAAUUGGGACCUCUUCGGAUCAAUGGCGUUACCCGGGCUAUUAAUUGCUGCGAUUGUCAUGGCUUGUUUUUUCUGA